GCAGGGCUGAGUGAGGAGGGAGGAAGGGGUGGAGGGGUUGUCCGUUUGACCAACAUCGAUUUGAGCGGAGGUAGUCGACACUCGUGAACGAGCCUUUACCGCGGUGGCAACGUCGGUGUGACAGCUCCCCUUCGCAGCGAGGGAGAGAAUGAGAAUAGUGGAUGUAGUUUGUACAGCGCGGCAACAGAGAAGUCACUUCAAAAGAUUUUGACAUGAAGAAGGACAUAGACACAUUAAUAGCAGAAGAACGGGCUGAAAUCAUCUCUAAAUAUGACAAGGGCAGGCAGGAGGGUGUCAGUAUUGAUCCGUGGGAGGAUGCUGACUACAGCAUUUAUAAAAUCACAGACCGCUUUGGCUUCCUGCAUGAGGAAGAGCUUCCAACACCAAGUGUGCUUGAAGAAAAGCAAAAGCAGCAGGAGCUCGAGCGAGUUGAGAAAUGGCUGAAGAUGGUGAAGAAAUGGGACAAAUACAAGAGCAGUGAAAAGCUGGCGAAGCGUGUAUAUAAAGGUAUUCCUCUCCAACUUAGAGGACAAGCUUGGGCCUUGCUUUUAGACAUAGAGAAGGUGAAACAAGAUGGUAAAUAUGAGAAAAUGAAGCAGCAAGCUCGUAACUUCUCCACAGAAAUUAAGCAGAUAGACUUGGAUGUUAACAGAACCUUCAGGAACCACAUCAUGUUCAUGGAUCGCUUUGGAGUCAAGCAACAGGCGCUGUUUCACGUACUAGCUGCUUACUCUGUCUACAACACGGAGGUGAGCUACUGCCAGGGGAUGAGUCAGAUCGCUGCCAUCUUGCUCAUGUACCUGAAUGAGGAGGAUGCCUUCUGGGCUCUGUCCCAACUCCUUACCGACAACAAGCAUUCCAUGCACGGGUUCUUCAUCCCGGGAUUUCCCAAGCUGCACCGUUUCCAGGCUCAUCAUGAGCUAAUCCUGUCCAAAAUGCUGCCUAAGCUCAAGAAACACCUGGACAAGGAGCAGAUGACAACAGGGAUUUACACCACAAAAUGGUUUCUGCAGUGCUUCAUUGAAAGAACACCUUUCACCCUCACCCUGCGUUUAUGGGACAUCUACAUAUUGGAAGGGGAGAAGAUGCUAUCUGCUAUGGCUUACACUAUCCUCAAGUUACACAAAAAGCGCCUGCAGAAACUUCAGUUAGAGGACCUGAGAGAAUUUCUUCAGGAGCAGCUGGCUGCUUCUUUCUUCAUGCCUGAUGAUGCUGUAGUUGAACAGUUGCAGACAGCAAUGACUGAACUACGCAGUAAAAAGCUGGACCAACCUCCUCCAGCCAAGUCAGAUGAGUUACCCAAGAAGCCUCUGGGUCAAGAGAGACCAGUUCUCCUUCUCCCAUUGCAGCCUGACUCUUCUGUGGAGGUCAAAAUAAGUCCGCAGUCUGAGAGCCAGCCCAGUACAGAUACCCAGGAAACAGUUGGCAUCACCCCACAUCCGCCUCCCUCCCUUGAAGAGCCCCAGGAAUCAAGAAGCCUCUCCAGGCCAAACACACCUAGUUUGCCUUCACCAGACCCUGUUGUGGUUCACACACAAGGGACACCAUCUUCUCUGAGGCCUUGUCGAAAUCCUCCGAUCCCUCCAAAAGUAGGGGUAAGGAGAGAUGUUAAGGAAUUGUUCCCAGCAGUUAGUCAAGAGAGGGGCAACGAGGAAAACGAGACCUCAGUCACAGAGAUCCAAGAAGAACCUGUGGAUUGGCCUCCACCCUAUGAGCCCCCUCCCUUGGAUAUGCAUACAAUGGAAGCUGAGGAGGAAAUCAUGGAUCUCCCUGAUCUACCACCUCCACCUUUCAUUUUCCCUAACCAGAUUGACCAAAUGCCACUGGGAGGUUGUUCGCCCCAUCUGGGAGCUAGGACUGGCCCGGGUAUCCAGCAGUGCUCUCACUCCCCCCGCUCAGCCUCACCACUGGUCAAUCAAAUUAAGCUAUCCCCAAAACUAUACCCUAAACCUCCGACAUCACUUGACAUUAUGCAGAAAAAACCUUUGCCCUCAAAACCCUCCCCCAAUCGUGCCUUCACAGAUUCGUCUUCCUCUCCCAGAAUUCCCCCAAAGCCAACCAAGUUCCCAGUCUCUCUAUACGUCCCGGUAUCUGCAGGAGAUAGACGGCCUUCUAACACCUCACAGUAUGACAACCUUUCGGAGGUUGAUGAAGAUGACCGUAAUCUAGAAAGAGUGCUGAGCUCCACUCCUGAGGAAAUUCCUAGCCUGCACAACAACCCAUCAUACAACAGAGAAUAUGACCCUGCUGUGUACCCUCUGCCUCCACCUCCUGUCUACAUGCAUCACUCUGCUUCCCCUCCCUCACUAUGUGCCCUUCCCAGUUUGCCACAAGAACCAGAAUAUGUAGGAGAGGGCAGUUGGGUGGAGGAUCCUAUCCUUGCCCCUCCUCCACCUAGUUUUGCCGACAGACUUAGUCCCCUCCAAUGCACCACUGCCAGCUGUUCAGACCCGCACAAAGCCAUGUCACCCGGUUAUUCUAAGCCUUUCUCCAGGGGCCCCAGAGACCAUUCUGCCUUCCCAGCACCGCUGUUGUACACCGGGUCACCUCCGACUCACUUAAGAUCCUCAGGACAGUCAGAAGUAGGAGUAGCUUUGGUCCAGUCCAGUCCAGACUUUUGCAGGGUGCCUCAAAGUGGACAUCAGUUGCCCAAGUCGGUGACAUUUUAAAGUGUUAUACAAAUGUUACUGAGUUAUUGAUUUUGACAAUAUGCUUGGGAUUCUCUGUUACUGCUUGUCUAGUUUUCAAAGACAUUUUAAAGGUGAAAGGCCAGUAAGUUUUAAAUUUGUUGUGUGUGUGCUCGCGUGUGCUCAUGCUUCGUGUAUUAGAUUCUUGCACCUUCUUUUAUGGGCAGUGGUGUCAAAUUUGUAUUUAAAUUCUGUUGGCUGCACA